ACAAACUAAAAACACAUUUUCAAUUCUAAAAAAAAUCUCAAAGCACUUCAAGAAACCCUUUUAGCUUCAAACUCAUUAAGCUUCAAGAAAACAUAACCCACAAAAUGGCUUUUAUGAGAAGUUUCUUGGGUGGUAAGCAAGCAAUGCGGAGGAAAUCAUCUUCGACACCAAGAGGAUUCAUGGCGGUUUAUGUUGGAGAGAAUAAUGAGACGAAGAAGAGAUACGUUGUGCCGGUUUCAUAUUUGAACCAGCCUUUGUUUCAAGAACUGCUGAGUAAAUCAGAGGAAGAGUUUGGGUUUGAUCAUCCUAUGGGUGGCUUAACCAUACCAUGCCAUGAAUCUUUGUUCUUCACCGUCACAUCUCAGAUUCGAUGAAUUCAACAACAUUCAUUUUUUUUUGUUUAUAGAAUUGUGUUAUUUGAAGUUAUAUAUGUACAAUGUAGAUAUAGGAAUUGGUUAGAUACUACUUUCCCCAGGAAAUAGUUGUAAAUUGUUUCAGUGAGAGGAAUAUUCAUCAUACAUGAUUACAAAAUCAAUACAAUAAUACAUUUGUCUUUGGACAGCA